CAAAAAACAAAACGAAUCCUUCCCCGCCUCGUGUCCAACCCCAAAAAUGGCCGUCGUUUCCAGAAAUCCGGCGACGAGCUCUUCCUCCGGCGACGACCCACUCUUGCCUCAUCUCUGGUCCAUCAGGAAAGCAUUGGAUGGCCAAGGCGAAGACCUCGAGGAGCUUGUAUUCAACUGCGUCAGGAUGUUCAAGGAUGACGAACGGUAUCAAAACGACGCCAGAUUUCUUAAGAUUUGGUUUCUCUACAUGGAUUCUAGUCCGGAAUUUGAGAGAGUCUUCACAGAAAUGGAGCAGAGUAAGAUUUGUGCGUACAAUUCUUUUUUCUACCAGAAUUAUGCUUUGUUUCUGGAAGCAAAGGGGAAGCUUAUUGAUGCAUUUAUGGUUUAUCAAUUGGGCAUUUCCAGGAAUGCCAAGCCACUGGAGAGCUUGAAGAAGGCAGAAGCUUUGUUUCGUGAUAGGAUGUCUGCAAUAGUAGAUGCUUGUAACCAUGACAAGAUGUAUGAUGGUGAUUCUGAGCAUGGGGAAAGUUGUAUCAAUCCAUGGGCAAUGUCAACGGUUAAAGAUCUCCUGCAAAGGAUGGAUUCUCAGAUUUCAAAAUAUGAAGGAUACCAUUCCAGUAAUAAAGCUUAUUCUGGAAAAGUGGCCUUAUCUUCUCUGCAAAAAUCAGCAAGGAACAAGGUCAUUGAUAUAGGAGGAAAGAAAUACCAGAUAAAAGGUUGUGCAGGCCUGGGUGGGUUUGCUCAAGUAUUCAAAGCAUAUGUCAAUAGUAAUCCAGAUGAUGUUGUUGCGCUAAAGGUACAAAAGCCUCCUUUUUCUUGGGAGUUCUACAUAUACCGACAGCUUGAUAAGCGGAUCCCUGACAAGGAAAGGGCAAGUUUUGGUUUUGCUCAUAGACUGCAUCUCUAUUCUGACUAUAGCAUACUUGUAUGCAACUAUUUAGGACAUGGGACACUUCAGGAUGCUAUAAAUUCUAAUGUGGUCAUUGGUGUGUUCAUGGAAGAAGUUUUAUGCAUUUACUACACAAUAGAGAUGCUGUCCAUGCUGGAAACCCUGCAUUCUGCCAACAUCCUUCAUGGUGAUUUCAAGCCUGAUAAUAUGCUAAUUCGCUAUGCUAGGGACGACCUUACAGAGGAAGGUUUCCGAGAGCGUUCCGGUCCUUGGAGCAAUCAGGGACUUUGUCUCGUUGAUUGGGGGAGGGGGAUAGACCUGAAUCUUUUUCCUGGUAAAACCAAGUUUAAUGGCGAUUGUCGCACUUCUGGUUUCCGUUGUGUUGAAAUGCAAGAGAAGAAACCAUGGACUUGUCAGGUGGACACUUAUGGCCUCUGUGUUAUUGUUCACAUGAUGCUUCACAAUUCAUACAUGGAAAUUCAAAAGAAAACAUUCUCUGAUGGAACUCAUCUUUAUCAGCCUAAAUCAUCUUUUAAACGCUAUUGGCAGGUCCAACUGUGGAGUGAUCUUUUCACAAAACUUCUCAACAUUAAUCCAAACGAGGAUCAUAAGGAGUUGUUGAGGAACUUGAGAGAGUCAUUCCAGGACUACAUGUGCUCCAAUCCUCAAUUUAUCAGAAAACUAAAGCAGUUGCUGGUCAAGCAAAGGACUUCCCUAUGUUCUGCUUAGCUACUGCAGCCAUUUAUAUGGUUCAUCUCUUGAGAUAUCUUCAUCUAUUUGUUUGCUAUACAUUUGUAGAUUCAAUUGUAUGGCUUUUCCUUACCAUGAUUACCUUUUUUUUUACCUUUCAUGAUUUAGUACUUGUAAUUCUCAUCGACUCGAUGUCAUAUGAUUAGAUGGAGAUAUAACAGUUGUAAACUAAAAGAGACAUGACGGGGAUGCGUAAAUUGA